CUUUUAGCAACGGUUGCGUCCUAGCAACACCCGCUAGACAGAUAAGGCUGGUGCUCUUGAGAUUUAUUCUGAGAGGAGUCAAACCCCCAUCUCCAACUCUCGAAGGAGCUUCUCUCCGUGUACCAGUAUCAGCCUACGUCAAAAUCAUGGCGGCAAAACCUCCAACACGACAAAAAAGGUCCCUGCGUGGCAAGAAAAAAACCAAGCAAACAACACCUGCUCCUGAAGAAGAGGAGCCAGUGAACAUGGGGAGCAUGGGUCAUCCAGAAAUUUAUCCAUUAGUAUUAACUACCAAGACCCAGGAAAUAUUUAACUGCCGAGUUGACGAAGACAUCACAGAUGAACAGUCCUAUAAGCUCAUCAAAAAAGAAGCUAUCUUGGCAGACUUGCAAAAUCGAGCUGCAGUAUCUGAUUUCCACCCAGUCAAAAAAAUUGUCCUGGAAUACCCUGGAGAUGAGCUUCUUCUUGUUUAUGACAAAGACUUCAAAUACGGGCUUAACUUCUAUCUCAUUGGAACCGAAGAGGGCAAGGGAAACUAUUUAAAUCCCCCAGAGGUACCUGAGGAACAGGAAAAACCCAAGGAGCUUGCUCCUGAAGACCUGUACGUCUACAAACCACCUGUCUCUAAGCCUUGGGUUUCUUUGGGAAGUGAAAAAGAAAUUGAGGAGGAAUCCAUUAAGGACUCUAAAAAGCAGGUGACAUACAUGAUUUCUCAAAAACGAUGUAAAUUUGGUACGCCAGUUACGUUCUCUGACCUGAAUGCUUCCAGUAACAAAGAUGCCUACAUUGAAUGUGCAUCCUACCCAGAUAAAAACUAUACCCUGCAGCAAAUGGAGAAAGAUGUUGGCAUGCAAGUCACCCCCCAGGUCAGGGGCAUCAGCACCCAGACAAAAUGGACAUUUCCUAAAAAUGCUACUACACAGUAUUAUCCAAGAGAAUUCUCAGAAGAGGAAAAAGAAAAACUCAGACAAUCAAAGACUUUGGCUGACUUUCUCAACACCGUGUCUACAGGUGUUGAAAUAGCCCUGCAGCAAAAUGAAAUCAUGAACACGUUUAUUGAUGACUGGAAGAGCUUGGCAGAAGAAGAAAGCACCUUUGGGGACAAGACUGACACCCACCUCAAAGAGUACCAGUCCUUUACGGACCUCCAAAGCACCAUGGAGAAAAUGAUUACCUGUGUCUCGUGGCACCCAACAAUCUAUGGGCUAAUCGUCGUGUCAGUGGCUGUACGCCUCUCCUAUGAAGAGAGAGUCCACUUUUCUGGUAAAUUGUUGCUACAGCCAUCGUUGAUUCUUUUCUGGAGUUUCUCUGACCCCAUACAUCCUCAGUUGAUGCUGGAGAGCCCUGAUGACAUCUUCUGCUUCGAGUUCUGUCCAAGUGACCCUAAUAUCAUCGCUGGAGGCUGUAUAAAUGGACAGAUCAUCCUGUGGGAUAUCACUGCACACGCAGACCGCAUAGAAAACAUUAAAGCCGGGGGCAGUCGGAGCAAAAAGCCCACCCUCAAGCCUAUGUUUCUCCUUGAACCAGACAGCAAUAAAGAGGCAAUGUAUAUCAGGCACUGUGCAGUUUCUUCAAUAGAAAAUGGACAUAGGAAAGUAAUCACAGAUAUACACUGGCUCUCUGACACAUUUGAGAUUAACAGAAUGGGCUCCGUCUUUGAGAAUCGGAGUGGAAUAAAUUGUCAGCUCGUCACGUGUUCGGCAGAUUGGGAGCAAAUGGGGGAAAAGGGAAAGAGUGGGAUGUGGGUUUCCUAUAAUCUUGGAGCAGAAGGGACAAGCAAAAACCAAUUUCCUGAAGGUAUUCAAAGGAUACAUCUUUCUUUUAUGUUCUUCCAAAAGCUAAAGCUGUCUAAGGGUGAAACAAAUUUAGACUACUGCCCAACCAAGUUGAGCCUGAGUGAAGAUCCUCUUCUUUACAAAAUGCAAGAAAAAAUGUUAAGCCAAAUUAGGUUGGUGAAGGCAGCAGAAACACACCCCUACCACAACCUGGAGGCUGGGAUGGCCAAUAUCCUCAAACCAAUAGAAGACUUCUGCACCAAGUUCUUCGUGGGAACAGAGGAAGGUGAAGUGAUAUACACAGAUUGGAAAAUGGAAAGAGAUCCUGAAACUGGACGAUUUAUGUCCAAGAAACCAGUGAACCUCCACACUGUCCACGAUGGGGCCGUGCACACUGUUCAGAGGUCACCUUUCUACAACGACAUCAUCCUCACCAUUGGGGGAUGGAAUGUGGCCAUCUGGAAAGAAGAAAUUAUGACUGGACCACUCCUUAAGACAUGCUGCACAUCCAAAAGGUACACUUCGGGGCACUGGUCCCUGACGAGGCCUGGAGUUUUCUAUGUUGGCCGAGAGGAUGGAUACAUUGAUAUUUGGGACCUUCUGGAGAAAACUCAUGAACCAGCCCAGUCACAAAAUAUUUGCAUCGCCAUGAUCACUGCCAUCAAACCCUGGUCCUAUUCCUCUAAGCAGCAGUUUAUAGCCAUAGCUGAUUACCACGGAACACUCCAUAUAUUAGAAAUUCCAUGGACAUUAAGUCGCCCUUCCCUUAAUGAGGUGUCAAGUGUGAACUACUAUUUUGAAAGGGAAGUCAAGCAUCUGGAGUAUGUCCAACAGCGAAAAAUCAUCCGUGAUACAGAGAAGAGAGAAAUAGAGAUGGAAUUGGCAAAGAAAAAAGUUAGAACCUAUCAGAAGACUAAGGAACAGAUGGAUGCUGAACUGAAGCUGGAAUACGAGAGCUACUUGGAGCUGGAGAAGUCUGUUCUCUACAGUCUUGGCCUAGUCAACGUCUCAGAGAAAGUAUCAUACCUGGAUAUAGUGUAAAGAGGAUCCUUGAAGGGUAUUGGAGGGCUCUGCUGGUCUUCCCUCUCUUUUUACUGACAUUUUAUGUAAGGCAAACUAGCAAACUGAUUAUAUAUAGGUUCAUUUGUAAAUGUAGGCUUUUAUUUCACUGUUACUAAAACAUCUAAAUUUUAACACACAUUUCCAUUUUAUACUAUUACUCAGUUUUGUACAGAAUAUGAAGUUUUGAGUAAGAACACUUAUUUUCCUGCACUUCGGACAUCCUUUCACCCCAACUCUCACCAUUCUUGCAGAGGCUCUAACCCCAGACAGGAAUGGAAGUCAAGUUUUGCUGCAACUCAUAACAUUGCUAUUGGUCACCACCUCUCCAAAAAGCACCUCCCCUGAGUCAGUGCACAGAUCAUAGGGCCAUGUUUGAUAAUUUCUAGGAAUAAUCUUGAAAGGGUUUAAGAAAAAUAAGGCAUUUAAAA